CAAAAUUUUUUGCUCGACGAAAUUUCCAGUUCCAGAUUCUCACUAAAAACAAAAGAAAACAAAUCAUCAACUUUGAAUAACUAAGUUAAUAGAUCUAUGGCCAUGCUUCGAUUAUAUAGUGUAUUAUUGGUUACAUUGACCUAUGUCAUUGGCAUAGCUCAAGGGUUCUAUUUACCAGGAGUUGCUCCUACCAAUUAUAAAGCGGGAGAUAGUAUUCCAUUACUUGUUAAUCAUUUAACACCAUCUUUACAUCAUUUAUCAACAACUAAUAGUAAAUUUAAAUCAGAUACUUAUGUUUAUUCAUAUGAUUAUUAUUAUCCAAAAUUUCAUUUUUGUCAACCAGAAGGUGGACCAGUAAAGCAACUGGAAUCUUUAGGAGCAAUUAUCUUUGGUGAUAGAAUUUUUAAUUCACCAUUUGAUAUUAAAAUGAAAGAAGAUAAAUCAUGUAUUCUGUUAUGUAGUACAACUUAUACAAAAACUGAUUCAGUAUUUGUUAAUAGAAAUAUUAGAGCUAGUUAUAAUCAUAAUUGGAUUGUUGAUGGAUUACCAGCAGCAAAUCAUGUAUUUGAUGAAAGAACUAAAACUGAUUUUUAUGGAUCAGGAUUUCAUAUUGGAGAAGUUGAUUCAGAAAAUAAUGCUCAUUUAUUUAAUCAUUUUGAUAUUAAUAUUGAAUAUCAUCCAAUUGCAAAUGAAGAAUUUAGAGUAGUUGGAGUUACUGUUAAACCAAGCUCAUUAGAUAGAAGUGCUGUUAGUAAAGAUGCUGGAAAGGAACAAAUUUGUGGAGGAGAUCUUAAUCCAAUUACUUUAUCAAGAGAAAAGGAAACUAAUGUAUUAUUUACUUAUUCAGUUACAUUUCAAGAAUCAGAUACUGCUUGGGCAACAAGAUGGGAUAAAUAUUUACAUGUUUAUGAUCCAAAAAUUCAAUGGUUUUCAUUAAUUAAUUUUUCAUUAGUUGUACUUAUUCUUGGAAUUAUUAUUGCUCAUAUUUUAGUUAGAACAUUAAAGAAUGAUAUUGUUAAAUAUAACGAAGUUAAUUUAGAUGAUGAUAUUUCUGAUGAAAGUGGUUGGAAAUUAGUUCAUGGUGAUAUUUUUAGACCUCCAAAGCAAAGACUUUUAUUAUCUGUAUUAGUUGGUAGUGGUAUUCAAAUUUUACUUAUGGGAUUAGUUACUAUUGGAUUUGCAUUAUUUGGAUUAUUAUCUCCAUCUAAUAGAGGUUCAUUAACUACAUUUAUGUUUAUUUUAUUCAUAUUCUUUAGUUUUGUUUCAUCAUAUGUUUCAUCAUAUGUUUAUCGAUUCUUUGGAGGUGAUAAUUGGAAAUUAAAUUUAGCUUUAACCACAUUACUUGUUCCAGGAACAUUAUUUGGAAUUUUUAUAUUAUUAAACUUCUUUUUAAUUUCAGUUGGAUCUUCUGGUGCAAUUCCAAUGGGUACUUUAGUUGCUAUAGUUGUUAUUUGGUUUGUGGUAUCAAUUCCUUUAGCUAUAGCCGGUUCAAUUCUUUCAGCUAAACGUCCAUUAAUUAGUGUUCCAGUUCGUACUAAUCAAAUUCCUCGUCAAAUUCCUCAACAACCAUGGUAUUUACGUACAAUUCCAAUUAUGUUAAUUUCCGGAAUUUUCCCAUUUGGAUCAAUUGCUGUUGAAAUGUACUUUAUUUAUUCAUCAAUUUGGUUUAAUCGAAUUUUCUACAUGUUUGGAUUUUUAUUCUUUUGUUUCUUAUUAAUGAUUUUAACAACUUCAUUAAUUUCAGUAUUAACUAUUUACUAUACUUUAUGUUCAGAAAAUUAUAAAUGGCAAUGGAAAUCAUGGUUUGUUGGUGGAGGAUGUGCAGUUUAUGUAUUUUUACAUUCAUUAUUCUUAACUGGUGGUGAAAGAUUAGGAGGAGUUGCAUCAUUCCUGAUUUAUGUUGGUUAUUCGAUUGUAAUUUCAUUAGUUGUAUUUCUCUGUUGUGGAUCCAUUGGAUUCGUUAGUACUUUAUUCUUUGUCAGAAAGAUUUAUUCUCAAAUUAAGAUUGAUUAGUAAUUGUUAAUAUUAUUCUUAUUCUUAUUAGUAUAUUAUUAUUAUUAUUAUUCAUUCAUUUACUUACUCAUCUAUAUAGUAUAUACACA